AACCCGGGUCUUCAGUCUCAUCGCUGGCAGCGCGCCCGCCUGCAGUGCGCACCGGGAAGCGAUGCUCAUUACAGAUUUUUCCAUCUGCUCCGCUUUCCCCAGCACCACAACGUCAUGGCGAAACUAGGCAAAAGCGACGCUGCGUUGAAAAACACACAGUCCGGGCUGAACAAGAGGAAGCCCGAGGCCGAUGCGGACGUGCCCGUGGACAUGCCCGCGGACGAGUUCGAGGUUUCGGGCAUGCUCGAUCUUGGGGACGAUGACGACGAAGAUGGCGAUGACGGAAACGACGAUGAAAACAAAAAGGACGAAAACAACGAAAACGACGAAAACGACAAUGACGACGAUGACGACGAAAACAGCGAAGAUAACGGCGAGGAAGAAAACGACGACGACGACGACGACGACGACGACGAGGCCGAGUUGAACCGGCUUCUCGCCGCCGAGGAGGCGGCGGGCCUGGCGGACGAGUCGGACUCCGACGCCGGCUCCGAGCCCGCGUCCAUCAACGACAGGCUCAGCGGCAUGGCGCUCUCCACGCUCGACGACGGCCAUGACAACGGCGUGCUCUCCAAGUACUCGGACGGGCGGCCGCGGGUCCUCCGGCCCGAGAUCGAGCCCGUCUACGACUCGGACGACUCGGACGCGGAGAACUUCAACACCAUCGGCAACGUGCCGCUCUCCGCCUACGAGGAGAUGCCGCACGUCGGCUACGACAUCAACGGCAAGCGCAUCAUGCGCCCCGCCAAGGGCAGCGCGUUGGACCAGUUGUUGGAGCAGAUCGAGUUGCCCGAGGGCUGGACCGGGCUCUUGGACCAGAACACCGGCGAGGCGCUCAAGCUCUCGGCCGGCGAGUUGGAGUUGAUCCGCAAGAUCCAGAACAACGAGAACACGGCCGAGGCCAUCGACCCCUACGAGCCCACCAUCGAGUGGUUCACGGCCAAGCCCGAGGUCAUGCCGCUCAGCGCCGCGCCCGAGCCCAAGCGCCGCUUCGCGCCGUCCAAGCACGAGGCCAAGCGCGUCAUGAAGAUCGUGCGCGCCAUCCGCGAGGGCAAGAUCAUCCCGCCCAGCCAGGUGCAGCGGCUCCAGCACGACGAGCGCCAGAACGUCGACUUGUGGGAGCACGACGACGCGGCCGCGGACCACGUGAUGGCCCUCCGGGCGCCCAAGGUGGCGCCGCCCACCCACGACGAGUCCUACAACCCGCCCGCCGAAUACUUGUUCGACGACGCCGAGAAGCAGCAGUGGGAGGCCGCCGCGCCCGCGGACCGCGGCUCCACAUUCGUGCCGCAGCAGUACCUGGCCUUGCGCAAGGUGCCCGCGUACCCCGACGCCGUGCGCGAGCGCUUCGAGCGCUGCUUGGACUUGUACUUGGCGCCGCGCGUGCGCCACCACAAGUUGGACAUCGACCCGGAGUCCUUGAUCCCCGACUUGCCGUCGCCCAAGGACUUGCGCCCGUUCCCCGUCCGCUGCUCCACGGUGUUCGCCGGCCACGCGGGCCGCAUCAGAACGCUCUCCGUGGACCCGCUGGGCGUGUGGUUGGCCACGGGCUCGGACGACGGCCUGGUGCGCUUCUGGGAGGUGCUCUCGGGCAGACAGGUGCACAAGAUCCAGGCCAUCGACCCCGCGGAGAACCCGGAGGACCGCAUCGACGCGUUGGAGUGGCACCCCGACGCGGCCGUGCCGCUCCUCGCCGUGGCCGCGGCCGAGCGCGUGUUGCUCGUGGUGCCGCCCGUGUUCGGCUUCGACAUCGAGAACAACGCCCGCGUGAAGGUCGAGGCCGGCUGGGGGUACGCCACCUUCGGCGCCAAGCGCAAGGACACGGACAUCAACGUCAACUCGGACGACGACGACGCGGGCACGGGCGCGGAGCCGGCGCGGGCCGACGCCGCCGCCUGGUACCCGCCCAGCGCCGGCCAAGCGCAGGACGGCAUUGCGGCCGUGGUCGAGUGCAAGAAGGCCGUGAAGAAGCUCUCGUGGCACCGCAAGGGCGACUACUUCGUGACCGUGUCGCCCGAGGCCAAGAACACGGCCGUGCUCAUCCACCAGUUGUCCAAGCACUUGUCGCAGUCGCCGUUCCGCAAGGCCAAGGGCGUGAUCGUGGACGCGCGGUUCCACCCGACCAAGCCGCACCUCUUUGUCAGCUCGCAGCGGGCCGUGCGCAUAUACGACUUGGCUCAGCAGGUUUUGGUCAAGAAGUUGCAGCCGGGCGCCCGCAUGUUGUCCGGCAUCGACAUCCACCCGCGCGGCGACCACCUCUUGGCCUCGUCGUAUGACAAGCGCGUGUUGUGGCACGACUUGGACUUGAGCGCCACGCCCUACAAGACCUUGCGGUACCACGAGCGGGCCGUGCGGGCCGUCAAGUUCCACAAGGGCAGGUUGCCGCUCUUUGCCUCCGCGUCCGACGACGGCUCCAUCCACGUGUUCCACGGCGCCGUGUACGACGACUUCAUGACCAACCCGUUGCUCGUGCCCUUGAAGAAGUUGACGGGCCACAGCGUGGUGGCCAGCAUCGGCGUGUUGGACUUGGCCUGGCACCCGAAGGAGGCCUGGUUGUUCAGUGCCGGCGCCGACGGCACCGCGCGCCUCUGGACCACCUGAGUGUGUAUUGUAAAUUAGACUUCUCCUCUCCUGCCUGCCCCGUUGUAGGUGCAGCUCACCAACUGCAGCCCCUCGUAGCGGGACACCCACCGCGCGUGCGGCCCGGCGCCGAACAAGUCCACCAACAUCCUCUGCACGUUGUCCACCACCCCGCUGUUGUCCUCGUGCAAGACCCACUCCAUGGCCUUCCAGUCCAAUAUGCCCUCGUGGCAGUGGCGCCGCGGCGUCGGGUACUGCUGCAUCUCCUCCUCCAGCACCUCGGCCGUGAAGACGUGGACCCCUCCGCACUCCUUGCCGUCACGCACCCAGCGCAUCACCCCGCGGUCCUCAUACUGGGGCAACAUGAGGCCCGUUUCCUC